AUGCGCCUCCUGCGCCUGCUCUGUGUGGUCGCCGUGGUGGCCCUGUCGCCUGAUGAGCUCCGGGUUCUCAGGGAGCUCUUUCCGCAACACGAGGGGGUGCCCUGCCUGGGGCCAAAGGUGGAGUGCAAGCAGGGCCACUUGGUGCGGCUCGACCUGAGCAAAACGGAGUUGAGGGAGGUCCCGGAGUCAUUGGGCAACUUGAUGUGGCUGGAGCAGCUUGAUUUGCGGCAAAACCAGCUGCAGAGCAUCCCCGAGUCGCUGGGCAGCUUGACCAGGCUGAGGAGGCUACUUUUGAGCCACAACCGGCUGAAGAGCAUCCCAGAGUCACUGGGCAACUUGACGCAGCUGAUACGGCUUGAUUUGAGCCACAGCCAGCUGAAGAGCAUCCCCGAGUCGCUGGGCAGCUUGAUGAGGCUGGAGAGGUUAAUCUUGAACGACAACCAGCUGGAGAGCGUCCCCGAGUCCCUGGGCAGCUUGACGCAGCUGACGUAUCUUCGCUUGACACGCAACCAGUUAGAGAGCAUCCCAGACUCGCUGGGCAGCUUGACGUGGCUGACGUGGCUUAGUUUGAGGCACAACCGGCUAGAAAGCAUCCCCGGGUCCCUGGGCAGCUUGACGCACUUGACGUGGCUUGAUUUGAGCCACAACCGGCUGGAGAGCAUCCCAGAGUCACUGGGCAGCUUGACGAGGUUGCGAGGUCUUUAUUUGAGCCACAGCCAGCUGAAGAGCAUCCCCGAGUCGCUGGGUAGCUUGACGAGGCUGGAGAGUUUAGUGUUGAACGACAACCAGCUUCAGAGCAUACCCGAGUCGGUGGGCAGCUUGACGCAGCUGACGUGGCUUCGCUUGACACGCAACCAGUUAGAGAGCAUCCCAGACUCGCUGGGCAGCUUGACGAGGCUGACGAAGCUUGAUUUGAGCCACAACCAGCUUAAGAGCAUGCCUGAGUCACUGGGCAGCUUGACGAGGCUGGAAAGUCUUGAUUUGAGCCAAAACCAGCUGAAGAGCCUCCCCGAGUCGCUGUGCAGUCUGACACAGCUGAUGAAGCUUGACCUUCGCAGCAACAGCCUCGCAGAGCUACCUGAUGCAAUCGGCAGGCUCGGUAGCUUGGUGGUUCUGCAGGCUGACAGGAACGUCCUUACCAAGCUGCCCCAGAGCUUAGGACAGGUCGCAAGCCUCAAGCAGCUUUAUUUACAGCACAACAAGCUCCAAGAUUUCGUUGCAGGCCCGGCUCUGCCAAGCCUUGAGGUGUUGCUUCUGCAAAGCAAUCGACUCCAAGCCAUCGAACAAUUUUGUCAACUGCGGAACCUUACCACGCUUUAUCUGCACAAAAACCAUCUGAGCGGCCGCAUCCCGCCGUGCCUGUCAGCCUUGUCAUCUCUAAGAGUUUUGACUCUACAUGAGAACCGCUUAACUGGAGAGAUCCCUAGGGGGCUUCCGGCAAUGCGCUUCUUGAAAGUCCUGACGCUCCAUCAGAACAAGCUGUCGGGCCGAAUUCCUCUAGAUGUCGGGUCUUUCGAGCAGCUUGCCUUCCUGUCAGCGCACGCAAAUGCUUUAGCAGGGCCAGUUCCAGAGCUGAACUUGACAGACGGCUGCACAAACGACGACUCUUUCAGCAUGAUUGUGGAAGAUGCUGUUUACGGCUCCACGGAGUUCACAUGUGCAGGCCCCAUAUUACCAUUCCUGUGGACGACCCAGAAACUGAAGCAGACGUUCCAGGAUGCUUGCCCGGAGCGUGUUCAUACGUGUGAAAAGGCUUCUGCGAGAGGCCCAACGCUUCUCCUGCAUGGCAAUCGCUUGUCUUGUGAAGCUCCUCGCGACGUAACUGCUGUUCCGGAAUCCUUGAGAUCGCUCGUAGUCAUCGGCAACAUGCUGGGGGAUCCAUCAACGAAGUUGCCGGACUGGGUCGCAAAGGUGGAGCAACAACCGUUCCUCUACGUCUCCGUCUCCACUGCGCGCCUUUUGUGCUGGCGCUUUGCAGCUUUGGCGCUGUUUUUUGCAGGGGCGUGGCGCUUUGUUCUGGGCAGUUGGAAUCACCUGCAACUCACAGAGGCUCUCGAGGACGAAACUGAAAUCUCUCACCGGUUUCUCGUCAGGGCAACUGGUCUCUUCGCCCCUCUCGCACUGGUGGUGUUUUGUCUCUACGUGUUUGGAUCGUUUUACUACGAUGGGUGUGGAGACGAUUUCCUGAAGAGCACCGUUGCUUACUUCCAGAGUCCAGAAUGCGAACUAUGGCUUGGCUGCACGUGGUCCGUUUGGAGCUUAGGCUCCGCGUGGCUCUUGCGGCACGUGCCAAAGCCUAAGAAACACCCCGGCCCAGGCCGCCCGAGCGCUAAGACCUGCAAGGCGCUCUGGUGGAUUGUAUGGCUGGGGUUGGUUCUUCUCCUGUCAGUGCCCUCCAUGGCUUACGCCUUCAUGAGCACGCUGCCACAGCAAAACCAGCUCCUGACGAGGCCAUGGGUGCUAUGGGCCAUCAAGAAUCAAGCUGCCUUGGUCAUGAUGCUGGUGGACAUGCUUGUCACGCCGAAGUUAGCCGCCAUGAUGUCGCAGCGCUCGCGCAUCCGCCGAUCGAUGCUUCUCAUGGCUGCUCGGACAUCCACGAUGUGGCUCAACGCCGCUCUUUGCAUGAUCUACCUCAGCGAGCACUGCCAGCGUGGGUGGACGAGGUAUUGGAACGUCUGCAAUGUGGCUUCCGAGGAGUACAAGGAGUUCAACAUCAGUUUGGGACAGCAUCAACUUCUUGAGCCCGUCGCCGACUUAUGUGGUCAGAACGACCGGUGGUGGGCCACGGACGCUUGCGCGAGGUCUGUGGUGGGUACUCUGGCCCCACUGCUCCUGAGCAAGAUGAUCCAGCGCGCCUUGCUGCAACCAGUGAUAACGGUGCUGCUGUGGAAGCUCUCAGUCAAGGAAGACGGCUCACUCUACCUCACUCCGCUGCGGUUUCUGGGUGUCCGAUGGAAGAUGUGCACCAGCCGAAACCUCGACAGAGCGCAGCAGGCAACCUUCUUGGUCACUUUGGCAGAGGUGCUGCUGAUCUGGGCCCCCUUGAUCCCACUGUUGCUGCCCGCAACGGCCCUUGCGGUCACGCUGAACCUGCGCGUCUUCCGCGUGGGGCAGCACGUCUUCGGAGCCGACGUGCCAGAAUUAGAAGAGGGCGAGACAGCAAGCAUGUCCAGGAAAUACAUGAUGGCCAGUGUGGCGGUGCUCCUAAUCUUUCAGAACUGGUUCGCCUGGACCUCCGAGAAGUCCGGCAUGUGGCUGCUGGGCCUUGCGAGCUGCCUGGCGGUCGGCCUCAUGGGAAGCAUUUCCAGCACAGCUGGAAGUCCUGGUGCCCCUGAGGAGGCUGUGGAGUUGGCGACCCUGGGGAAUGUCGGGCCCUUCGUAUGCUUCAAAGAAGAGAAGGUUCAUCCGGAAGCCGAUCUGUACACCCCCAGCAGCGUGGAGCCACACCAGGCCGAGAUCACGGCCAAUGCGCGAUCUCCAGAAGAGAUCUUCUGCGGCGUGGUGCUGCACAGCUCGGGCGUCCGUGGCCGCCUACUGUACGACUCGGCCUUCCGGCCCGGUGGGGUGUUGCCACGAGUUCUCUUUGAGCUCCAGCUUGCUAAAACAGAGCUCCGGGUUCUCAGGGAGCUCUUUCCGCACCACAGGGGGCCGCCCUGCCUGUUGGGGCGCAGGGUCGAGUGCAAGCAGGGCCACUUGGUGCGGCUCGACCUGAGUGAUUCGCAGUUGAGAGAGGUGCCUGAGUCUUUGGGCGAACUGAUGUGGCUGGAGCAGCUUGAUUUGAGCUACAACCAGCUGAAGAGCAUCCAGGGGUCGCUGGGCAGCUUGACGAGGUUGUGGAGGUUACAUGUGAGCCGCAACCUGCUGAAGAGCAUCCCGGAGUCACUGGGCAACUUGACGCAGAUGACAUGGCUUGAUUUGAGCCACAACCAGCUGAAGAGCAUCCCCGACUCGCUGGGCAGGUUGACGAGGCUUGGGAGUUUAUUCUUCAACGACAACCAGCUGGAGAGCAUCCCCGAGUCGCUAAGCAACUUGACACAGCUGACGUGGCUUCGCAUGACACGCAACCAGUUAGAGAGCAUCCCAGAGUCGUUGGGUAACUUGACGCAGCUGACUUGGCUGCAAAUGAGGCACAACCGGCUGGAGAGCAUCCCAGAGUCACUGGGCAGCUUGACGAGGCUGACGGAGCUUGAUUUGAGCCACAACCGGCUGAAGAGCAUCCCGAACUCGAUGGGAAGCUUGACGAGGCUGAGGGAGCUUGAUUUGAGCCACAACCAGCUGAUGCGCAUUCCCGAGUCGAUGGGAAGCUUGACGAGGCUGAUAAAUCUUGAGUUGGGGCAAAACCACCUGAAGAGCAUCCCCGAGUCGCUGGGCAGUCUGACGCAGCUGACGUGGCUUGACCUGGGCAACAACUUCCUCGCACAGCUACCCGACGCAAUUGGCAGGCUCGAUAACUUAGUGGUUCUGCAGGCCGACAGGAACGUCCUUGCCGAGCUGCCUGAGAGCUUUGGACAGCUCGCCAACCUCAAGCGGCUCUAUCUACAGCACAACAAGCUCCAAGAUUUCGUCGCAGGCCCGGCUCUGCCAAGCCUUGAGGUGUUGCUUCUGCAAAGCAACCGGCUCCAAGCCAUCGAACAAUUUUGUCAACUGCGGAACCUUACCACGCUAUAUCUGCACAAAAACCAUCUGAGCGGCCGCAUCCCGCCGUGCCUGUCAGCCUUGUCAUCUCUAAGAGUUUUGACUCUACAUGAGAACCGCUUAACUGGAGAGAUCCCCGGAGGGCUUCCGGCAAUGCGCUUUUUGAAAGUCCUGACGCUCCAUCAGAACAAGCUGUCGGGCCGAAUUCCUGCAGAUGUCGGGUCUUUCGAGCAGCUUGCCUUCCUGUCAGCGCACGCAAAUGCUUUAACAGGGCCAGUUCCAGAGCUGAACUUGACAGACGGCUGCACAAACGACGACUCUUUCAGCAUGAUUGUGGAAGAUGCUAUUUACGGCUCCACGGAGUUCACAUGUGCAGGCCCCAUAUUACCAUUCCUGUGGACGACCCAGAAACUGAAGCAGACGUUCCAGGAUGCUUGCCCGGAGCGUGUUCAUACGUGUGAAAAGGCUUCUGCGAGAGGCCCAACGCUUCUCCUGCAUGGCAAUCGCUUGUCCUGUGGAGCUCCUCGCGACGUAACUGCUGUUCCGGAAUCCUUGAGGUCGCUCGUAGUCAUCGGCAACAUGCUGGGGGAUCCAUCAACGAAGUUGCCGGACUGGGUCGCAAAGGUGGAGGAACAACCGUUCCUUUACGUCUCCAACUCCACUGCGCACCGUUUAUGCUGGCACUUUGCAGCUUUGGCGCUAUUUUUUGCAGGGGCCUGGCGCCUUGUUCUGGGCAGUUGGCAUCACCUGCAACUCACAGAGGCGCUCGAGGACGAAACUGAAAUUUCUCACCGAUUUCUCGUCACGGCAAGUGGUCUCUUCGCCCCUCUCGCACUGGUGCUGUUUUGUCUCUAUGUGUUUGGAUCAUUUUACUACGAUGGGUGUGGAGACGAUUUCCUGAAGAGCACCGUUGCCUACUUCCAGAGUCCGGAAUGCGAAUUAUGGCUUGACUGCACGUGGUUCGUUUGGAGCGUAGGCUCCGCGUGGCUACUGCGGCAUGUGCCGAAACCUAAGAAACACCGUGGCGCACGCCCGGGCCGCCUGAGCCCCAAGAUUUGCAAGGCGCUCUGGUGGGUUGUAUGGCUGGGGUUAGUUCUUCUCCUGUCGGCACCCUCCAUGGCAUAUGCCUUCAUGAGCACGCUGCCACAGCAAAACCAGCUCCUGACGAGGCCCUGGCUGCUAUGGGCCGUCAAGAAUCAAGCUGCCUUGGUCAUGAUGCUGGUGGACAUGCUUGUCACGCCAAAGUUGGCCGCCAUGAUGUCGCAGCGGUCGCGUAUCCGCCGAUCGAUGCUUCUCAUGGCUGCUCGGACAGCCACGAUGUGGCUCAACGCCGCUCUUUGCACGAUCUACCUCAGCGAGCACUGCCAGCGUGGGUGGACGAGGUAUUGGAAUGUCUGCAAUGUAGCUUCCGAGGAGUACAAGAAGUUCAACAUCAGCUUGGGAAAGCAUGAACUUCUUGAGCCCGUCGCCGACUUAUGCGGUCAGAACGACCGGUGGUGGGCCACGGACGCUUGCGCGAGGUCUGUGGUGGGUACUCUGGCCCCACUGCUCCUGAGCAAGAUGAUCCAGCGUGCAUUGCUGCAACCAGUGAUAACGGUGGUGCUGUGGAAGCUCUCUGCCAAGGAAGACGGUUCACUCUACUUCUCUCCCCUGCAGUUUCUGGGUGUCCGAUGGAAGAUGUGCACCAGCCGAAACCUCGACAGGGCGGAGCAGGCAACCUUCUUGGUGACAUUGGCAGAGGUGCUGCUGAUCUGGGCCCCCUCGAUCCCACUGUUGCUGCCCGCAACGGCCCUCGCGGUCACGCUGAACCUGCGCGUCUUCCGUGUCGGGCAGCACGUCUUCGGAGCCGACGUGCCAGAAUUGGAAGAGGGCGAGACAGCAAGCAUGUCCAGGAAAUACAUGAUGGCCAGUGUGGUGGUGCUCUUGCUCUUUCAGAACUGGUUCGCCUGGACUUCCGAGAAGUCCGGCAUGUGGCUGCUGGGCCUUGCGAGCUGCCUGGCGGUCGGCCUCAUGGGCAGCAUUUCCAGCACAGCUGGAAUUGCUGGUGCCACUGAGGAGGAGUCUGUGGAGUUGGAGCUCCGGGUUCUCAGGGAGCUCUUUCCGCACCACGAGGGGGCGCCCUGCCUGUUGGGGCGCAGGGUCGAGUGCAAGCAGGGCCACUUGGUGCGGCUCGACCUGAGUGAUUCGCUGUUGAGAGAGGUCCCGGAGUCAUUGGGCGAACUGAUGUGGCUGGAGCAGCUUUAUUUGAACCGCAACCAGUUGAAGAUCAUCCCCGAGUCGAUCGGAAGUUUGCCGAAGCUGACGCAUCUGGAUUUGAACUACAACCAGCUGCAGAGCAUCCCCGAGUCGCUGGGCAGCUUGACGAGGCUGGGGAGGUUAUAUUUGAGCCGCAACCCGCUGAAGAGCAUCCCAGAGUCACUGGGCAACUUGACGCAGCUGACAUGGCUUGAUUUGAGCCACAGCCAGCUGAAGAACAUCCCAGAGUCGCUGGGCAGCUUGAUGGAGCUGGAGUGGCUGGGGUUGAGCCACAGCCGGCUGGAGAGCCUCCCAGAAUCGCUGGGCAGCUUGACGAGGUUGGAGAGGUUGUUUUUGAACGACAACCAGCUGGAGAGCAUCCCCGAGUCGCUGGGCAGCUUGACGCAGCUGGCUUGGCUUUAUUUGAGCGACAACCGACUGGCGAGCAUCCCCGAGUCACUGGGCAGCUUGACGCGGGUGAGGUGGCUUGAUUUGAGCCAGAACCGGCUGACGAGCAUCCCCGAGUCGCUGGGCAGCUUAACGCGGCUGGGCAGGCUUGAUUUGAACGACAACCGGCUGGAGAGCAUCCCAGAGUCGAUGGGAAGCUUGACGAGGCUGAGGGAGCUUGAUUUGAGCCACAACCAGCUGAUGCGCAUUCCCGAGUCGAUGGGAAGCUUGACGAGGCUGGGAAGUCUUGACUUGAGGCAAAACCAGCUGAAGAGCAUCCCCGAGUCACUGGGCAGCAUGUCGCGGCUGGGCAGGCUUGAUUUGAGCGACAACCGGCUCGAGAGCAUCCCAGAGUCACUGGGAAGCUUGACGAAGCUGAGGAAGCUUGAUCUUCGCAGCAACUUCCUCGCACAGCUACCUGACGCAAUUGGCAGGCUCGGUAGCUUAGAGGUUUUGCAGGCUGACAGGAACUUCCUUACCGAGCUGCCCCAGAGUUUAGGACAGCUCGCCAACCUCAAGCGGCUUCACUUGCAACACAACAUGCUCCAAGAUUUCAUCGCAGGCCUGGCUCUGCCAAGCCUUGAGGUGUUGCUUCUGCAAAGCAACCGGCUCCAAGCCGUCGAGCAAUUUUGUCAACUGCGGAACCUUACCACGCUGUAUCUACACAAAAACCAUCUGAGCGGCCGCAUCCCACCGUGCCUGUCAGCCAUGUCAUCGCUGAGAGUAUUGACUCUACAUGAGAACCGCUUAGCUGCAGAGAUCCCCAGGGGGCUUCCGGCAAUGCGCUUCUUGAAAGUCCUGACGCUCCAUCAGAACAAGCUGUCCGGCCAGAUUCCUGCAGAUGUCGGGUCCUUUGCGCAGCUUGCGUUCCUGUCAGCGCACGCAAAUGCCUUAACAGGGCCAGUUCCAAAGCUGAACUUGACAGACGGCUGCGCAAACGACGACUCUUUCAGCAUGAUUGUGGAAGAUGCUGUUUUCGGCCCCGUGGAGUUCACGUGUGCAGGCCCCAGAUUACCAUUCCUGUGGACGGCCCAGGACCAGAAGCAGAUGUUCCAGGAUGCUUGCCCGGAGCGUGUUCGUACGUGUGAAAAGGCUUCUGCGAGAGGCCCAACGCUUCUCCUGCACGGCAAUCGCUUGUCUUGCGGAGCUCCUCGCGACGUAACUGCUGUUCCGGAAUCCUUGAGAUCGCUGGUAGUCAUCGGCAAUAUGUUGGGAGAUCCAUCAACGAAGUUGCCGGACUGGGUCGCAAAGGUGGAGCAACAACCGUUCCUUUACGUCUCCAACUCCACUGCGCACCGUGUAUGCUGGCACUUUGCAGCUUUGGCGCUGUUUUUUGCAGGGGCGUGGCGCUUUGUUCUGGGCAGUUGGAAUCACCUGCAACUCACAGAGGCUCUCGAGGACGAAACUGAAAUCUCUCACCGGUUUCUCGUCAGGGCAACUGGUCUCUUCGCCCCUCUCGCACUGGUGGUGUUUUGUCUCUACGUGUUUGGAUCGUUUUACUACGAUGGGUGUGGAGACGAUUUCCUGAAGAGCACCGUUGCCUACUUCCAGAGUCCAGAAUGCGAACUAUGGCUUGGCUGCACGUGGUCCGUUUGGAGCUUAGGCUCCGCGUGGCUCUUGCGGCAUGUGCCGAAACCUAAGAAACACCGCGGAGCACGCCCGGGCCGCCCGAGCGCCAAGACCUGUAAGACGCUCUGGUGGAUUGUAUGGCUGGGGUUAGUUCUUCUCCUGUCGGCACCCUCCAUGGCAUAUGCCUUCAUGAGCACGCUGCCACAGCAAAACCAGCUCCUGACGAGGCCCUGGCUGCUAUGGGCCAUCAAGAAUCAAGCUGCCUUGGUCAUGAUGCUGGUGGACAUGCUUGUCACGCCAAAGUUGGCCGCCAUGAUGUCGCAGCGCUCGCGCAUCCGCCGAUCGAUGCUUCUCAUGGCUGCUCGGACAGCCACCAUGUGGCUCAACGCCGCUCUUUGCACGAUCUGCCUCAGCGAGCACUGCCAGCGUGGGUGGACGAGGUAUUGGAAUGUCUGCAAUGUGGCUUCCGAGGAGUACAAGGAGUUCAACAUCAGCUUGGGAGAGCAUCAACUUCUUGAGCCCAUCGCCGACUUAUGCGGUCAGAACGACCGGUGGUGGGCCACUGACGCUUGCGCGAGGUCUGUGGUGGGCACUCUGGCUCCACUGCUCCUGAGCAAGAUGAUCCAGCGUGCCUUGCUGCAACCAGUGAUAACGGUGGUGCUGUGGAAGCUCUCUUUCAAGGAAGACGGUUCACUCUACUUCACUCCGCUGCAGUUUCUGGGUGUCCGAUGGAAGAUGUGCACCAGCCGAAGCCUCGAUAGAGCGGAGCAGGCAACCUUCUUGGUGACAUUGGCAGAGGUGCUGCUGAUCUGGGCCCCCUUGAUCCCACUGUUGCUGCCCGCAGCGGCCCUUGCAGUCACGCUGAACCUGCGCGUCUUCCGUGUGGGGCAGAAUGUCUUCGGAGCCGACGUGCCGGAAUUGGAAGAGGGCGAGACAGCAAGCAUGUCCAGGAAAUACAUGAUGGCCAGUGUGGUGGUGCUCCUGCUCUUUCAGAACUGGUUCGCCUGGACUUCUGAGAUGUCCGGCAUGUGGCUGCUGAGCCUUGCGAGCUGCCUGGCGGUCGGCCUCAUGGGCAGCAUGGCCAGCACGGCUGGAAUUGCUGGUGCUGCUGAGGAGGAGUCUGUGGAGUUGACGGUGCUGGGGCCAAGCUCUUGCCCGGCAGGAUCCUUCUCCUGCGAUAUCGGGGGAGAUCACGGCGCUGCCGAGAUCACGGCCCAUGCUCGCUGGCUCUCUGCAGUGGAUCAGCUGUUCCACGUGAACUUCUGA